GUUUUCUUGGCUUGGAAUUGAAGGGAUAUGAAUAGGUAUGGCAGUUAGAACCACUCCCUUCCCCUUUCACUCACUCCCUCAACACUCUCUCGAGAGCCCUCUCUCUCUCUCAUACGCACAUACACGAACACAGUACUGGAGUUUCGGGCCUCCUUUAGUUGCUUUGACCGGCGGCGGCGCCACCACCACAAAGUCGUAGAAAAAGUCUCUCGCCCUCUCACCCUCCCACCACUUGUCACCACACUCUCUCUAUACUUCUUCCAGAACUCCCACACCGCUAUCUCUCUCCCAUUCACAAAUUAACCUCAACCAAUACUCCAACUAAAAACCAGGACUACUACCCUUUCAUCUUCAUCGUUCAACCCCACGACACAACAUCCACUACAAGAAUAAACUCCAACCUGGGGGCCUAGCUCUCCCUCCUCUAUUAUCCUUAGCCUACUAUACAUCGAUCUUCCUCUCUCUUGGAUUUCCUUUUUCUUCUUCUUUUUUUUCUUUCCUUUUUAAUUUUGUAUGGCCUUGAUUGUGGAACAGCAAUCCAAUAACUUGAAGCACUUCUGCAAAAUUUGCAAGAAAGGUUUUGGAUGUGGAAGAGCACUGGGUGGCCACAUGAGGGCGCACGGAAUAGGCGACGAGAGCGGACACAUUGACGACGAAGACCCUGCAAGUGAUUGGGAGGAAAAGCUCGCGGGUGGCAACGUUCCACCUAAUAACAAGCGCAUGUAUGCUUUGAGAACGAACCCAAAUCGGCUAAAGAGCUGUCGGGUUUGCCAGAAUUGUGGUAAAGAAUUCUUGUCAUGGAAAUCUUUUCUCGAACAUGGAAAAUGUAGCUCCGAAGACGCCGAGUCCCUGGUGUCGUCGCCAGCUGGUUCGGAAGGUGACGAUGGCACGGGAAGAAGAGAGUGUGGCUGGUCUAAAAGGAAAAGAUCAUUCAGAGCAAAAGUGGGUAAUUUCAAUUCGAAUUGCCCUUCUAGCGAGGAGGAAGACCUCGCUAAUUGCUUGAUGAUGUUAUCAAAUGCAGCCGUCGACCCUACGGUGGCCGAGGCCGAGGCGGAGGAGUCUUGUGCUUCAGCUAGUAAAGAAGAGGAGAGAAGAAACCCCAUGAAUUUCAUUGCUCCAAUUUCUUUUAGGGCUCCAGUAGAGAACAACAACAACAAGAACAAGGGCGUGGCCAAAGGAUUGUUCGAGUGUAAGGCAUGCAAGAAAGUGUUUAAUUCACACCAAGCAUUAGGUGGUCAUAGAGCUAGCCACAAGAAAGUUAAAGGCUGUUUCGCCGCCCGGCUCGACCACCACCUCGAUGAUAGUCAAGCCGAUGAAGACGUGAUCACACACGAAGAAUUCUUCCCAACUAAAUCAAACUCAACCCUACAACUCGAUCAAGGUUCUGAUCCACCAUUAAUGGCAUCCACAUCCAAGAGGAAAUCGAAGAUGCACGAGUGCUCGAUAUGUCACCGUAUUUUCUCGUCGGGGCAGGCGCUAGGGGGCCACAAGAGGUGCCAUUGGAUCACAUCAAACGCACCCGACACGUCUACGAUAGCAAGGUUUCAACAGUUGCAAGAUCAGAUGGAGAAAAUCAAUCCAAGGUCUAAGUUCGAUGACUCAGACUUGCUGGACCUGAAGCUCGAUCUUAACCUGCCUGCACCAGUUGAAGAUCUCAAUGGGGCUCGGCGGGACCAAGUAAAGCCCCCAGACCUCGAAGUAUCUACAGAAAUUUAUCUACAGCCUUGGACUGGUGGGAAAGAAAAGGAAGAUAAUCACUACCAACAACACAACCACCUCCACCACCGUCAAAAUGUAGACAAUGACGUCGGCAACAAUGAUAACAACAACAAUAAUGUCAAUGACAGUAAUGGUUCAGUACUGCCGAAUGUGGAUGAUGAGGCAGACAGUAACGUGAAGUUAGCUAAGCUAAGUGAGUUGAAGGACAUGAACACGAGUGGGGGUUCCUCACCGUGGUUGCAGGUGGGGAUUGGUUCAACUACUGAUGUGGCAGCUGACCCAUAAGUUUUGUGAAGCAAAUUACUACUGACGAUCCUCUUAAUAAUUAUUCAUUUUCCCUUUUUCUUUCUUGUAAUUUUUGUAUCAAGAAACUGUAAUUUAAGUAUAAACUCAAAAGUUUCAUAAUUAAUGUUUUGUAAUUAUGUAAUUUUGGUGGGCCCACAGGAACCACAUCUAAAGAGCAUACAUUUUUCU